AUGUCACCAAAGCUGUCAGCAGUCAUGGUUUGUUUCGCUUGUCAUUUACACAUCCGUUUGCAUCGGUUAUAUCAAACAAGUGUUGUUGAUAUUGAAAUGAGCAUGUUUGUUUACAGUGGACAGUCAACAGGUGUGCAGACCGUAUCUGGUUCGUUCAAUCCUCCACGAGCGUUCUUACCCUUAGGUGGGCCAGGUCCAGCUUUAACACCAUCCUUUCCACCAUCGCCGUCAUCAACAUACGGACCGAUCAGUGGAGGAAAUGGACCGAUAUAUCUGAUGCCAGGGAAACCGUACAAUCCGAACUUGCGAAUAAGCGGAAAUAGGAAUGUUCCAUCAAUUCAACGCUAUCCUCAAGACGAAAUGAUAGGUGGAUCAAACAAUAUGAGGAAUAGUAUUUGUACUGAAGUGUGCAUGCCAUCGUGCACACCACAAUGCAUUGCCAGUUCACCGAUCGUGCCUGUAAUCAACCAGCGCCCUGGAACAAUCAUUAUGGGUGAACCGGGUCCAGUUAUUCCUCAAGGAGCAAUCUCAACUCAAGGUGGACUAGGUCCGGUUGUUUCACAGGAAAGUUUCCCAUUUCAAAGCGGACCAGGUUCGGUUAUUCCACAGAGACCUGUGCCAAUUCAGGGUGGAUUUGGCCUGGUUAUUCCGCAGAGAACUGUUCCGAUUCAAGGAGAACCAGGUGUGGUUAUAGAAUCAGAUGUUAUCCGAAUUCAGUCUAGCACUGCUGAGCCCAAUUUCAUGCCGAAUAGGCAGUCAGGCUUAAUCCGUCCUCUUAGUCCAAUCCCCGAGUUCGUUCCUUACGAAAUCCCAAACCAGCCACGUUUAACACAAUGUAUCCCAUCCAAAACUCACAUCCAAUGUGUUUGUCCCAAAAAUUAUAUCAUUUGCUCAAAUAAUAAUCAGUUGAAUCAAUGCUGUCGUAAAUAA